UUCCGACAUGGCCUCCUGCUACGGAAGCAUCUCAGGGCCAUCGGUUGGGGCACCUCGAGGCCUGCGAUAUCUCCCGAUCCGAACAAAGCUCACAGACGGCACGCAAGUCGAAGUAGACCAUUUCCGAACAAGCGAGCAUGCAGCCGGCCACCGUCUUCUCAACGGCGUAAUCGAAGAGGCAAGGGCUGUCUUGGCCGUUCGAGGAGGCCAUGGACAUUGACGCCUUUCGGGCCUACUUCCUCUCCCAUGCUGCGUUCGUCGUGCGCGCUGUGCCCUCCCCCCCCUCCGCAAAACCACCGCCUACCGCCGCCGGUGCACCGUCGAGCGGAGACGGUGCGAGGGUUUGUACUGCGGGUGACAGCAGCCGCGACACGGUAGGUCGCGAAGGCGGGGGCGGAGACCGGGCGGCCCGCGGAGAAGAAGGAGCGCCGUGUUCUCCGGGUGGGGUGGCGGGAGAGGCGGCAGGCCCAACGGGCUUCUCGGAGGUCCGGUCAUCGGAAGGGCUGAUGAGUCCGCCGGGAGAGCUGGCCUCUUUGUGUUCUCCGGAACGGUCAGUCCGUUCGUCGGGCGCAGCGACCGGGUGUUCGCCAGAGGACCGAGCCGUGGCGGCAGCGGCUACAUCGGCGGCAGCAGAGGCCGCAACAAUCGGUAGCGACGAGACGGGGAAAGCUGGGUCGACCGCGGUGGGGGAGGAGGAUGACGAACGGGACGCCGGUGUGAAGGUGUGGGGAACGUUCUACAUCAAGCCCAACUUUCCGGGAAGGUGCUCGCACGUCUGCAACGGGGGCUUCAUCACGGACCCGCGCAGGAGGCGGAGGGGGGUGGCGAGGCUGAUGGGACACGCGUUCUUGCGGUUCGCGAAGGACCUGGGCUACCGGGCGAGCUACUUCAACUUGGUGUUUCGCAGCAACGAGGCGUCUCUUCGGCUCUGGCGAGGCCUUGGCUUCACGGAGCUGGCCGUGGUGCCCAAGGCGGCCCGCCUCAAGGGCAUCGACGGACUGGUCGACGCGAGCCAAUUCCACUACGACUUGGACAACCUACGGCAGGAGGACCUCCCUCAAGACCUGCGCGAAUCUCCGUAGGUCGGCUUUUCUCUAUUGCCAUCGAUGAGGAGGAAUUCUCAGUGUUCUGGACUACGAAGCUUUCGCUGGUGCGUAGGACGGCCGACACAAGCAUUGAAAGCUAGCCGACUGUUUGAUCUUCCCAGCAGCUGAGGACCUGCGGCGUGGAUCUCACAGCCCAGGUAUCUACGUGUAUCCAUCACGCGGGAACCCUCCACCGCCAGCGGAGGCUAGUCGGUCUCCGGCACUCGACCAGGAUGAAAACCCCGAUGAUCUCGCCAAUGGCUGGUCAGAAUCUUGUUUCUUGGCAGAUCAAUGGUACACUGCUGUCAACACCUCGGAGGGGGCUAUUGCGGUUUCGUCUUCGUUGUUCGCUCUUGCCGAGCCCCUCUCGUUCUUCCGUAACGACUUCUGCGACGUCUCAAAGCAUUCAUAGGGACCGCCAUGGGAACCUGGACAUUUUGUGGAACUGGGAACUGGGGAACCGGGCCUCGGCACCCAGUGUACCAGGCUGGUGACCAGGGGGGUGUCCUUUCCGCGUGUGUUGUAUUUCACUUGUCCGUUUUUUCGGCGGACCCGGCGUCUGGAAACCCGUUCGCGCGGUCUGCUUGCGAAACCUUAGCACAACGUUGGUGUAGGAUAGUAACAGGGUGGUUCGAUUAUAUUUGUUUGGUUUCAUGUGGACGUAAUCGGCCGGGUGCUCAUCAUGAUUAGUACGCGCUUGAUAUCAACCUGUUUGUCCAUGAGCGCAUGGAUCCGACGUUGAUGGGCGGGGUGAAUUUCAUGUUCCUUUCGCAGCGCAGAGCAGCCGCCCGUUGUUGUUGAUUGAGCGAGGAAUGUAUCUCUGGCGAUCUGCGCGGGCUGCUGAAAAAGUAUGCGCCGCUUGUCUCAAGUGGGCAUAUGAACGCACGUAGCUUUGUAGACUUUGUUGUGAGUGCUUUGGUUUCAGGCUUCGAUCCGUUCAGUCUAUGUGGUUUGUUUUCAUGAGUUCGGCUCGGGAACCUACAUGUUUUUUGCCAGCUGCUGUGAUUCUGAUCUUCCUUGCUUUGUUGCAUCCAUAAAAAACAGGAAUCAUUCAAAACACCGUUUGUUCGGUUCUACUAGUUCUCUUUUAUGAGUAUUUUGAAUACCGUACCACGAGUUCUUCGCUGUUGUCUAGGAGUGAAGACUCUAGGCAGCCUCACAGCUCCGGUAGCGAUGUGGAAUAUCACGGCCCUCCGAGACCAAGAUCUGUGGAGCAAGAACUGGAUGGAGCCCAACCUGCCAAGUGGUUGCUAGCCUUUGGUGUCGCGGUCAGCUCAUCAUCACCUGCUGGCAUCACUUUGACCUCCCUCGAUCAAGAAAAGAGACGUGUUUCUAGAAGCCUCGGAACAGCACCGUCGGUCGAUCUCCAGGGAGCGCCAGGGGUGAACAAGGACGUACAGACAUUCAAUGACGUACGCAAAUACGUGGGGCAGGAAUCGAUGUCCCUAGAGUUACAGAGUACUUGCAG